GAUCUGCGACCAAGGCUCGCUGUCCUUAGAGCACUGCUGCUCUCGGGCCAGACUCUUCCCUACGAAGGGACCGGGGCGCUGGCUGGAUUGUCGGGGUGGACCCAGCCACCCUGCUCCCGGCCAGCGCCCCCUGGAUCUCCGCUUUGACAGAGGCGUUUCUGGAGGAGCCCUAGCUGUUGUCGCUGCCGCCUCCGCCGCCGCCGCAGCAGUCGCGGCCUCAGUCUCCUGCUCCGGGUCGCCGCAACCGUGGUCUCCAGCACAGCUUAAGGGGACAAACGGAAGGCUAGGAGGCGCCCUGGUGGAUGCGCUCCUCGCUGCCUCUCAGGCUGCGCUGCCCCGCGGGGAUGAGGCACCGGCGGUGAAGAUGGAGGUGACCUGCCUUCUUUUACUGACCCUGGUCCCUAUUUACUGCAAGGGACAAGGUGUCUACGCUCCAGCUCAGGCUCAGAUUGUUCAUGCAGGCCAAGCGUGUGUAGUGAAAGAAGACAACAUCAGUGAACGUGUCUACACUAUCCGUGAGGGAGAUACCCUGGUUUUGCAGUGCCUUGUCACUGGGCACCCCCGACCCCAGGUUCGGUGGACCAAGACAGCUGGGAGUGCCUCAGACAAGUUCCAGGAGACAUCGGUGUUUAAUGAGACACUUAGAAUUGAGCGAAUUGCUCGAACCCAGGGUGGCCGCUACUACUGUAAAGCUGAGAAUGGGGUUGGGGUCCCUGCGAUCAAGUCCAUCCGCGUAGAUGUGCAGUACUUGGAUGAACCAGUCUUGACAGUGCAUCAAACAGUGAGUGAUGUUCGGGGUAGCUUCUACCAGGAAAAGACAGUGUUUCUUCGAUGCACCGUCAACUCCAACCCCCCAGCCCGAUUCAUCUGGAAGAGGGGCUCCAGCACCUUGUCCCACAGCCAGGACGAUGGGGUUGACAUCUACGAACCUCUCUACACUCAGGGGGAGACCAAGGUUCUAAAGCUGAAGAAUCUGAGGCCCCAGGACUAUGCCAGCUACACCUGCCAGGUGUCUGUUCGGAAUGUGUGUGGCAUUCCUGACAAGGCCAUCACCUUCCGCCUCACCAAUACCACAGCACCUCCUGCCCUGAAGCUGUCAGUGAAUGAGACAUUGGUGGUGAACCCUGGGGAAAAUGUGACAGUGCACUGCUUCCUGACUGGGGGUGAUCCCCAGCCCCAGGUGCUGUGGUCCCAUGGUCCAGGUCCUUUGCCCCUAGGCAGCAGGGCCCAAGGAGGCACCCUCACCAUCCCAUCUGUUCAAGCUCAGGACUCCGGCUACUACAAUUGCACAGCCAUUAAUAACGUGGGCAACCCGGCUAAGAAGACUGUCAACCUGCUAGUUCGAUCAAUGAGAAACGCCACCUUCCAGAUCACGCCAGAUGUGAUCAAGGAGAGUGAGAGUAUUCAGCUGGGUCAGGACCUGAAGCUCUCCUGCCAUGUGGAUGCUGUGCCUCAAGAGAAGGUGUCGUACCAGUGGUUCAAGAAUGGCAAGCUUGCCCGGGUUUCUGACCGAUUGCUGGUGACUCGCAAUGACCCUGAACUGCCUGCCGUCACCAGCAGCCUGGAGCUCAUUGACUUGCGCUUCAGUGACUAUGGCACCUACCUCUGUGUCGCCUCCUUUCAGGGUGCACCUGUGCCAGACCUCAGUGUUGAGGUCAACAUCUCUUCUGAGACAGUGCCCCCCACAAUCAGCGUCCCCAAAGGCAGGUCAGUGGUGAUGGUUCGUGAGGGGUCCUCUGUGGAGCUCCAGUGUGAAGUUCGGGGGAAGCCCAGGCCCCCUGUGCUGUGGUCCCGAGUGGACAAGGAAGCUGGCCUGCUGCCCUCUGGAGCUGCCAUGGAAGAGACACCAGACGGAAAGCUACGGGUGGAACGAGUGAGCCGGGAGAUGAGUGGGACCUACCGCUGUCAGACAGCUCGGUACAACGGCUUUAAUGUUAGGUCUCGAGAGGCCCAGGUGCAGCUCAAUGUGCAAUUCCCUCCUGUGGUGGAACCAACCAACCAGGACGUGCGCCAGGCCCUGGGCCGACCUGUAUUGCUCCGCUGCACCCUGCUUCGAGGUAGCCCCCUGCGUAUCGCCUCUGCUGUGUGGCGCUUCAAUGGGCACCUCCUGCCCACGCCGCCCGCUCCCCCCAAUGAAGCCCCGGAUCACGCGGAGCUGCGCCUCGACCCCCUCACCCGGGACAGCAGCGGCAGCUAUGAGUGCACCAUCUCCAACGACGUGGGCGCCGCCUCCUGCCUCUUCCAGGUUUCCGCCAAAGCCUACAGCCCGGAGUUUUACUACGACACCCCCAACCCCACCCGCAGCCACAAGCUGUCCAAGAACUACUCCUACGUGCUUCAGUGGACACAGAAGGAGCCGGACGCCGUGGAUCCUGUCCUCAGCUACCGGCUGGACGUCCGCCAGCUGAGCCUUCGGACGUCUAUAACGAAGCCAAUCCCAGUUCGCCGAGUGGAGAAGGGGCAGUUGCUUGAGUACAUACUGACUGACCUGAAGGUGCCCCAUAGCUAUGAGGUCCGACUCACACCCAUCACCACCUUUGGGGCUGGAGACAUGGCUGCCCGCAUUAUCCGAUACAUGGAGCCAACCAACUCUCCAAACCUCUCAGAUAAUACGUGUCACUUUGAGGAUGAGAAGAUCUGUGGCUACACACAGGACCGGGCAGACAACUUUGACUGGACUCGACAGAAUGCCCUCACCCAGAACCCCAAACGCUCCCCCAACACUGGUCCCCCCACUGACAUAAGUGGGACUCCAGAGGGUUAUUACAUGUUUAUUGAGACAUCCAGGCCCCGGGAACUGGGGGACCGUGCAAGGCUAGUGAGCCCAUUGUUCAAUAUCAGUGCUAAGCUCUACUGUGUCUCCUUCUUCUACCAUAUGUACGGGAAGCACAUUGGUUCCCUCAAUCUGCUGGUGCGAUCUCGGAACAAGGGGGCUCUGGAGACCCACGCAUGGUCCCUGAGUGGUAAUAGGGGUAAUUCCUGGCAGCAGGCUCAUGUGCCCAUCAACCCCAGUGGGCCUUUCCAGAUUAUCUUUGAGGGGGUUCGAGGCUCAGGCUAUCUGGGGGACAUUGCUAUUGAUGACGUCAGCCUGAAGAAAGGAGAGUGUCCUAGGAAACAAGUGGACCCCAAUAAAGUGGUGGUGAUGCCUGGCAGCGGUGCCUCCUGCCCACCUGGCCCCUGGCUCUUUGGGCCUCUCGCCAUCUUCCUGUUGGCAAUGCUGAGAUGAUGAGCGCUGACCAACCCUCUCCUGCACCCCUCCCCAGCCCCCCGGCACACCAAAGUGUCUACAUCGUACCAAAGACUGACCCCCCACAGCCGGGGUGCCUAGGGGGGCAGGGCCAUAGUGCCAUCGAGGGGGGCUUGUGGUGGCCGAACAAAGGAGGAGAGUGUGGGUGAGGCCCAUCACCUGAGAUCCUGGAGAUACUAGUUUGACGCCCACGUGCGUACACACACACUUAUACACACACUUACACACAUUAUAUAUACAUAUAUAUAUAUAUAUAUAUUAAAGCACAAGUUUCUAUCCAAGCUACCAGAACUUUCUUUAACAUGGAAACGGGGGACUUGCCCUAUUGCCGUUGGCUGGCACAGCACUGACCCCUGCCUGCCCACACAGCCACCCCCAGGGACUUUGGUGGCAGGACAGCUGGGCCAUGUUCUCCAGCGGCCUUCUGCAGUGUUCUCUUCCUUCUUCUCUCCUCCCAUUGCCCUGUGUGUCUCCCUGCUCUCCUCCUGCUCCCCACCACUCUUCCUAAAGGUUAAACAGCUACUUGGCAGCACUAGGUAUGGCACAGAGGCAACUGCCCGACCUGGAUAGAAGCAAGUGCCUAGGCCCUGCCUGGGUUUGCCUCAAUGUUUCCUCCCCAUGCCCUUGGACAAGAGAGGGUUCACCUGAAUAGGGAGCCUGGUUCUGAAUCUUAAUUUUCAAGGAUUACCCAGAGGAUCUGGGGGGGGGGGAUGGGAGGGUAGAAAUUCACAAAUAAUCCACCAAAUCCCUCCUCCCAGCCUGGGUUCUCUGGCCUCUUCUCUGGGGUUAACCGACAGGGCUAGAGUUUCCCCCUUCCCUGCCUGUCUCAGACCUGAAUAAUCCGCAGAAUGCCUUGGAAUCGCCUAAUUGAAUGAGUUAGUUGUACAGAGCUCCUCUCUUGGCACCAACCAGAGGCAGCGGCGUUCUCUCACUCUCUCCCUUAAGUACAUAUAUUACCUGGAACCCUGGACCGGCCUCUUUGGUCUCUGGUUGAAUCUGAGAGGGGCCAGGCAGGAUGGGAGUGGGAAGGAGUGGGAAGGGGAGGGAAUACAUUGUAUCACAAUUAACUUGGAGCCCAUCUUCUCCAGGAUGUACACUGAAAGAUGGGAGAAAGGAGUAGUGUUGAAGACCACCUCCCCUCACUGUAACUGUUAUCUUCUGUCUUAGAGUUGAUUCUAAAUAUCAGUUUCAAGGCAGAAGAGUGGUAAGGGCUAGGCAAAUUGGGGUAAAGUGACUUGCCCAGGAUCACACAGCUAAGAAGUGUCUGAGAUCAGAUUUGAACCCAGGACUUCCCAUCUCCAGACCUGGCUCUCUAUUCAUCCUAAUUUCUUAAUAUCAUGAAAUAUGACAUGGGGAGGGUGCUUAUUGUAUGUAGGAGGGAUCCUGCAGUGCCCCCCUCCCCUCCAGUUCCUAUGAUCCCCUGCUCCAUUCCUAGGAAAGUAAACCCAUUGUGGUUCUAAUGGCCUGCCUAUUCCCAGCCCCUGCCUGAUCCACCCAAAACAGACCUCACAAUAUCCUCACAUUUGUACUGGCCCAGGGAUUGGCUCAGUGGCUGGACCAGACUUUCAAUCUUUUGGCUUAUGCCCAAGUUCAUGGAGAAAGUCCUUUUCCUGGGGUUGGGGAAAAGAAGAAAUGGAGCCUGAAGGUGGGGAACCAAAUGCUUUCCCACCCAAUCCUCCUUUUUCUUCUCCUCCAACAUCUCUGGGGGCAGAGAGAGAGAUAAGGGGGGGGGGGA